AUGUUUGUCAGCCGCUUCGUUCAGAUCGCUACCCUUACGGCCAGCAUUCUCACUGCAUGCAGCGAUGCGGUCGUGGUCAACCCGCUGCCUGCUCCUCAGUCCAUCACUUGGGGAUCCUCGGGACCGAAGCAACUGGCAGGCUACUUGGUCUUGAACGCUGCCCCCAGUCGACUCGUUAGUGAUGCCUGGAAUCGUGCCUGGACUUCGAUUAGCGAACUGAAAUGGGUACCUGCUGCCGUCGAGGCACCAAUAUCGAUCUUCGAACCCUUUCCGACCGCUGCAGCAUCAUCUAGAGUGCGGAGAUCUGAUCCCAUUCUGAUCCAGGUCGACCUCACCAUUGCGGACGGUGAGGCUGAUCUGCAACAAGGAGUAGAUGAGUCCUAUACUGUUGAGAUCACCCCGGCUUCUCAGGCAAUCAAUAUCACGGCAGAGACAGUAUGGGGCGCCCUGCAUGCGUUCACGACGUUGCAGCAAAUCAUUAUUUCGGAUGGUAAAGGGGGCCUUAUGAUUGAGCAGCCCGUCUCGAUCUCCGACUACCCUAACUACCCCUACCGAGGGGCGCUGAUAGACACUGGGCGAAACUUCAUCAGCCUGCCCAAGAUCUUUGAGCAGAUUGAUGGUAUGGCUCUGUCGAAGAUGAACGUCCUCCACUGGCAUCUUGUCGACGCGCAAUCUUGGCCUAUCCAAAUGAAAACAUAUCCUCAGAUGACCAAAGAUGCAUACUCCCCCAGGAACAUUUAUUCCCAGAACGACAUCCGUGCCGUCAUCGCCUAUGCUCGAGCCCACGGUGUUCGCAUCAUUCCAGAGGUCGAUAUGCCAGGCCAUGCGUCCUCGGGAUGGGCGCAGGUAGACCCCAGCAUUGUCGCGUGCGCGAAUUCGUGGUGGUCAAACGACGUUUGGGCACUGCACACCGCGACCGAGCCUAAUCCUGGACAACUCGACAUACUCAACAACAAGACAUACGACGUCAUCGGAAAUGUCUAUGCUGAGCUUUCGUCCCUCUUCACAGACAACAUAUUCCACGUUGGGGCAGACGAAGUUCAUCCAGGUUGCUACAACUUCAGCAGUAUCGUCCGGGAGUGGUUUGCCGCCAACGCAUCUCGAACCUACGACGACCUUCUGCAAGUCUGGGUGGACAAAGCCAUUCCCAUAUUCUCUUCAACUGCCAACAAGACUCUGAUAAUGUGGGAAGAUAUCCUGUUGUCGGAUCCUCAUACCCACACGUUACCAAAAAACAUCAUUCUCCAGUCGUGGAAUGGCGGUCUGACCAACAUCAAGAAUCUGACUUCCCAAGGCUACGAUGUCAUUGUGUCUUCUUCCGAUUUUUUCUACUUGGAUUGCGGGUUUGGUGGCUGGGUGACGAAUGAUCCUCGCUACAAUGAAAUGGCCAAUCCGAACGCCAGUGUGCCGACUUUCAACUAUGGGGGAGGCGGUGGUUCAUGGUGUGCUCCCUACAAGAGCUGGCAGCGAGUGUAUGACUAUGAUUUCACCCUCAACCUCACCGACGCCGAGAAGUCCCAUGUUCUUGGAACCGAGGUGCCUCUCUGGUCUGAACAGGUCGAUGACACUGUUAUCUCGUCCAAGAUGUGGCCCAGGGCGGCUGCCAUGGCUGAACUCGCGUGGUCCGGAAACAGGGAUCCUGCCACGGGACUCAAGCGUACAACGGAGAUGUCGCAGCGUAUCCUGAAUUUUCGAGAAUAUCUCGUUGCAAAUGGUGUCCAGGCCGCGCCUCUGGUUCCCAAAUACUGUCUUCAACACCCGCAUGCCUGCGAUCUGUACUACAACCAAACAGUACUGGCAGACUACGCGACAACACAAUAA